AUAUAUAUAUAUAUAUAUAUCCAUUUUCUAGAAUGUGUCAACAGAGCAGUGUGAUGUUCUUAAAGGAAUAUGGUCUUCAUUCAUCCAAAGCAGUCUAAGAUUCUGUUUUACUAACCCCGUGUUGUUGCAAAUCUUGGUCAAUGUUCUUCCCUCUAUGUAUUGCAAGAAAAACAAAACAAAUGUUUCACCAACCUUGAAAGAACUUCACCAGAUGCUUAUUUGCCAUUCUGAGUUCAUGAACAUUAUGAUGGAAAGUGACUCAGGUGUAACAAAAGAACUUUUACUGGACAUUAUUCUACUUAUCAUGGAGAUGGAACCAGAAUGCUGUGUUGAAGCACAUCUCAAUAUCUUUUUUGGAGCCUAUGGAGCCACCUUAUCUCUUGAAGACCAGAAACUGUUGAAGAUCAUUUCACUUUAUGAGAAGAAUGGAAUCAAUCUUAAUAAAUUUAGGCCAUACUUGUGGGGAACAAAAUUUAUGGAAGUCUAUACAAUGAACAGAAGCUUACAAGAUGAUUUAAAGGUACAAGGCAGUGCCACUGAUGUAUUAAACUUCAUUGACAAGAAUAAAAUGAUGAAUUCUGUUUCAAAUUUUCCUUUGGAGAGAAAACUAUGUCCCUCCACAAUUCUUCCUAUGGACAAACUACAGUUGUUAUCUACUUGUUAUGAUCCUAGUUUUCUUCUCCCGGUGUUCAGCUGCAUAUUGGCACCAGAAAACCAACUGGAAUGUCUCGUCUUCAUUGAGAAAAAUUGCUUCAAUUUUUGUGUCAUUGCCUUGAGUUGCUAUGACGAUGACUUGCGUGCAGCUGCAUACCAUGCACUUUUUCACUUCAAAGGUCAUUUGAUUAGCAACACUCAAUUUUAUCUACGGGACCAAUUUCUUUAUGUGCUGAGAUUCCUAAAGAACAGCAUGGUCAAAGACAAUGCCAGAAUCCCUUUUGUAACAAGUCUGUAUUUAGUCAGAGUUUGCCAAGUUGUACUAAAUAAAGGUCAUGACCUUUAUUUUUCUAUUAUUGGUUUACUUAUGGUGAAGCCUUUCUUUGAUCUAUAUACAGUGCCAGAAUUUUCCCAGAUGUUUAAUUGUUCCUCACUUAUGCAUUACAGAGAAAGAAAAUGGAUGCUCUGUCUACUUCGUGAUGGUCUUCGAGGAACGACGGAACAUAAAAUAUAUCAAAAAUUUAAUGUGUUCAAGAUCAUCAUGUCUUAUGCUAAUUCUUCGUUAUGUAACAGAGGAAUUCAGGAAAUGGUGUUACGUAUACUAAUGCAGGCCUGUACAGAAAAGACAGCUGCUGUGAUGACACGUGAAUACAGCAUCCUAACUUGGAUUAAUUCAUUCAUUUCUAACGUGGAUCCUCAUUCACAGUUGACAGUUCUCAUCACAGAAUUGGUAGACAAGAUCUGGCAUGCUCUUCAGCAGAAGAACAAAUCUCAGAGUGACAACAAAAACUUCACAUUGCCAAAGCCAUUUUUUACUGAAAUGCAGAUCUUAUUAUUAAAUCUAUUGGAUCAUUUCAGAGAAGGGAGUGCUGAGACAGCAAUGAAAAUAUUUUUGCCACUAUUCAGUUCAGUUAUGGAACACAAGAAAAGGAUACAAUCACAAGAGGAAAGAACAACAAAUAUAGUAUCAUCAACAGACAAAAAUCAUGAAGACAAGAAUCCAAGUCAAGAUUUUGGCUUAAUCACACAAAGAGACAUUCUUUUAUUACUAUUUCAAAGUCGACAACUUAUGCAAUCUACUCAUAUUUUUCAUAGAGCUCUGGACAUUCUAAAACUCAAGGGAUACAAUUGUAGUUAUCUGGCAGAUGUUCCUAAGAAAAAGAUGGUGUCAUCAACUCAAGAAACUUCUGAAGAAACUGAUAUGGAUGAUUCCUCAUCUGUUAUCUCUGAAACGGAUGAGUUCAAUAAUAUGAAUGAUGUUUCAGAAGCAGAACAAAUUGAACUGACUAAUUCCCUUAUCAAUAUUUGUUUAGCUUGGAAGCCGUCUGUACCUACUACUGAGAAUGCUAAAUUAGUUUUGACUCAAACAUUACAGUUAGUCAUUUUGUGGCUAAGUCAUGAGGUUUGCCACAAAGGGACCAUUAUUUUGUUACACGAUGUAUUAUUAUGGAUUGACAGAAUUCUUGAAAAUUGCAAUUCAAUCAUUCCUGAUCUUUUGACUGGAGAAAAUUCCACAAUUUCUGUAAGAAGCUUCCCUGAAAAUCUAUUAGUAUUUCAUGGAGGAAUUAUUUCUAUGAAAGUACCUGACAACAUUAACCAGAUGGAAAGCUGUCUGGAAUUAGAUUCUGCAUCUAAUGAAACUAAACAGAAAUCUCAGAAAUUACUUGCUAAGCUUUGCAAAAUUGUUACAGGUUUUGAAAUUCAACACAUUAUUGAUCAACCUGUUAAUUUUUAUCCAUUUUUAGACAAAGUUGUAAAUAUAACCAUUUAAUAAUAGAAGAAAAAAUAUUUUUUCAAUUAAAAUAUUUGAGAAAUUCGUUUUCAAUCACAUUUUUA